AUGACUUCGGCGUCAGUCCACACUGGUGGUCGAUCAAAUCAUAUUCCGACAUCACAAGCUUAUGACGAGGAUGUGGCAUACUACGAGCAGCGCCCAAAUGUCAAUCAAUUUUACAGCGAUGUACCGGCCAGUAGUAGCGGCAGGCUCGCGCCUCAGCAUGACCAAAGGCAGUACUACUCGAGCUCGCAUUCCCCACAAUCACAGCAGGUGACAUCUCAAGAUGAAUACGUCCUGCCUUACCACACCCGCUCUGCCGACUCAUAUGAUGGUCCAGCGCCAUUGCCUCCCCCGAGAACGUCCUCUCAGCAGCAUCAGUCGUCGCACUCGUCGUCGGGUCGCGCAUCGUCACGGCAACCUCAACAGAACACCAACACCUACGGCAGGACUUCGCCGCGGGAAAAGUCAGAUCCACCAAAUGCCGCGGCGGCUGCUGCACGGUCAAGACGGAAGAAUCCAAGCAGUCCAGAAGCUCCUCAAAGAUCCACGAGCGCAAGAGACCAGCCGCAACAGUCUCAGCCUCAGCAAGUGCCUGCUCCAUUAGUUCGAGAAUAUAGCGAAGUCAUUAACCGUGUUGUCGUUUCCGAUCCUCGGGUCGACGAAGAUCGUCUACAAGAGCGUGUAGCUGAGGCGCAACCGCAUGCGACAGAUGCCGAGCUCGACUUGACCGGCGAUCUCCCUCCGCCCACUGAAGAUAUCCCAGGCCCUGCAAGAAGACAAGACUACUCAAAAUCUGCCUCAAGACGGAAAGACGUCCAGUUCGGCGACUAUGUACUCGGCCAGACUCUUGGUGAGGGAGAAUUUGGCAAAGUAAAACUGGGCUGGAAGAAGGAUGGCAGCUCACAAUGUCCAGAAUCAUCCUGUCGCCUGCCCAAAAUCUACCGAGAAAUCUCAAUCCUCCGCGAUCUUGCGCAUCCGAAUAUUGUUCGUUUGCACGAGAUGGUCGAGACGGAACGACAUAUCGGCAUCAUUCUGGAGUACGCAUCAGGUGGCGAGCUGUUCGACUACAUCCUCAACCAUCGAUAUCUGAAAGACCCUGCAGCCCGCAGACUGUUCGCUCAGCUGGUCUCCGGCGUCGGCUACCUGCACAAGAAAGGCAUUGUCCACCGCGAUCUCAAGCUCGAAAACUUGCUCCUCGAUCAAAACCGCAACAUCAUCAUCACCGACUUCGGUUUCGCAAACACUUUCGAUCCUAUAGACGUGCUGGGAGAUGAGAUAGAGUACAAUCUCACCAACAAGGACUAUGUACGAAAGCUGAAACUCGAUAAUCUCGAUGCUAGAGGCCUUCGACGUGGUGAUUUGAUGCAGACGAGCUGUGGCAGUCCUUGUUAUGCAGCGCCAGAACUUGUGGUUAGCGACUCCUUGUAUACUGGUCGCAAAGUCGAUGUGUGGAGUUGCGGAGUUAUUCUGUAUGCUAUGCUGGCUGGAUAUCUCCCUUUCGACGACGAUCCAGCAAAUCCGGAAGGCGACAAUAUCAACUUACUGUACAAAUACAUCACGACAACCCCUCUUACAUUCCCGGAAUACGUUUCACCUCAUGCGAGAGACCUGUUGCGACGAAUCUUGGUGCCUGAUCCUAGGAAGCGGGCGGAUCUAUUCGAAGUCGCGAGGCAUUCUUGGCUGACCGAGUAUGUUGCGCCGCAAUCUCACACCAACAGAGGCCAUGACGUCGCACCUGUGACAGCUGCAGAGUACGCUCGAUCACGCGGAGACGAAAAGAGAACAGUACAUCAACAAGCGACCACAUCGAAGCCGCUUCCGCAAGAUCCACCCCGACCGCCAGUCAACGACAAAAUGGGACCUCCCACACGUCCUGGACGGGAAGUGCCAAGAUCUGUCUCAGACUCAACAGGCGCCUUCGCCACACAGAGUCAAUACGCUACUCGGCCAAGCACUCAAGGCUCGAUAGCCUCACAAGGCCAAACUCGAUCCGAUCUCAGACUCCCGUCGAGAGGAUCAUAUGGUCAACCAGUCGCGCCGACAGUUGCUACUACCAAUGUGCAAGGCCGUGUCAGUCAGCCCGCUAAGGCUCCGCGAGGCUAUAAUAUUGGUGGACCUGUCUCGUCUCCAGGACCAAAUCAGCCAUAUGGACAACCCGCUAAUACUGACACAAUGCCCGCACCAGUGACUCAGCCUAAGCAGCAACAUCACCGGAGGUCGAGCACUCUUAGCGGACUGGGCGAGCGUCUCUUUGGCCGAUCAAACUCUGUGCGCAAGAAGGAGGACGAGAAACCAAAGCGUGAGAAGAGAUACCCGCCUACAAGCAUGAAACCGAUGACGACAGAUGGCAACGGCGACUAUCAGCAUCGAUCAUUCUCCUUCGGGCUGGGCAAGAAGAAGAGCACCGAUCUCGAAUCGCAAGUAGAAAAGCCUCAAGGGCGCCGCUUCUCGCUCCUGCCAGCUUCGAUGUCGUUUGGGCGAUUGAUGAGUGGCAAGGAGCAGCCCGAGCCACAGACACAGCCACAACAAAUGCAAGAGUUCGCAACCACGGCCAAGCUACGACGGAGUGCAAGAUCAGCCAGAUACAACUACUCUCGACCGCAGCAGACGCAGCAUCAGUACAGUCGACCGCAGCAGCCUUCCGGCCAGUACUCAAGCCCAAUGUCGAGCCCGCCGCAACAGCAGUCUGACCCUUACGACGUCUACGGCGGUACUGGAGUCUACAACGCUCAGCCACAACAUCAGAGUCAGCAACCACAGGGCCGCACACAGCACGUUCGUGGCGCAUCGCAACCUAUGGCAGGCUACGGCAGUCAUCAGCAGCAAUAUGCAGGCACGCCACCAGCGAACAACUCUCGAACCUCGAUGCAGCAGCCUCGCCAACAACGAGGGGUGCUCGUGAAGCCGAAUCGCAAGUUCACUGACGCGUACGACAACGAUUCGAACCACCAACAUGGCGGCAGUUCGGGCGCUGUGCGAAAGGUGCAGGACUUCUUCCGCAGAAGAAGUCGAGCGCCGAGGCCUGAUGGUGGCGACUAUCGAUAG